GCCUUUGGUCCUAACAGCAAAUAUUAAGUUGGAUCUUGCAAGCCUCACAAACUAAAGCUACAAACUUCAAAAAUUAAAGAACCCUAAAACCUCCGUUUCUUCUCUCUUUUCAAACGCCUCUCGUUCCCUUUUUGAAACGUCUCUCUUCCUUCCUUUGAGAAAAAAAAAAAAACGUUUUUUAGGGUUUCUUUCUCUAAUUUUUGUAUUUCUUUAAUGCGCUUCUGAUUUAAUUCGUCGUCUCGUCGUUCUAAAUUAUCCAAUUCGUCGUCUCAUCGUUCGAAAUUACCCUUCUGUUUUAGGGUUUAUGUGACAUGCAGGCCAUUGAUUCUUCACGCAGUUCGAAUCCUUUCAUCCUCUGCAUUUCCUCAAACUUGGAAAUACCCUUAUUUGCUUUCUCAGUUGGAUCCACUUUUUAUUCCUUUUCCACUUCGGGGUUUAAAGAUCCAAGUCCACUUCAAUUUGGGUAAUUCUUAGGGUUUUAAUUGUUUCUUCUUUAUAUUCCAUUUCAGAGGGCCAACCCCCCCCCUUCAAAAGAAAAUUAUUUUAAAAAAUUUGGGGCCUUUGGGCAUUGUUUAGGGUUUUUGGUGGGUGUGGGAUGAAUAGUAUAUUCAGUGAACAGAUACUUGCAGAUAAGCUUUCCAAGCUCAACAGCACGCAACAGUGUAUUGAAACAUUGUCACAUUGGUGUAUAUUUCACCAAAGCAAUGCAGAACUGGUUGUUGCAACAUGGGAUAAACAGUUUCACAACUCAGAGAUGGCUCAGAAAGUCCCCUUGUUGUACCUUGCCAAUGAUAUUCUGCAGAACAGCAAGCGUAAAGGAAAUGAAUUUGUUAAUGAGUUCUGGAAAGUCCUUCCUGCAGCCUUGAAGGACCUUCUUGAGAAUGGUGAUGAUCGCGGGAAGAAUGUGGUUUCCAGAUUGGUAGGUAUAUGGGAAGAACGAAGAGUAUUUGGGUCCCGAGCACGAAGCCUAAAAGAUGUGAUGCUUGGUGAAGAAGUGCCUCCGCCAUUGGAAUUAAGCAAAAAGCGUCCACGCUCUGCAUCUGUCAGAAUUGUGAAGCGGGACUCAAGAUCCAUUAAAACGAAGUUGUCAAUUGGGGGCACAGCUGAAAAAAUAGUUUCAGCAUUUCAUUUGAUACUCAGUGAACAGCCAAAUGAGGAUGAAGAGAUGAGCAAGUGCAAGUCAACAGUUCAUCGAGUGAGGAAGAUGGAAAAAGAUGUGGAUGUUGCCUGUUCAAUUGCAAAGGAUCCAAAACGGAAAACCUUGUCCAAAGAACUUGAAGAAGAAGAAAAUCUUCUGAAAGAAUGCAUUGAGAAACUCAAGUCUGUGGAAGCAAAUAGAGCAGCACUUGUAUCACAGUUAAAAGAAGCUCUUCAUGAACAGGAAUCAGAGUUAGAGAAUGUUCGUACACAGAUGCAGGUAGCACAAGCACAGGCGGACGAAGCCUUUAACAUGCGGAAGCGUCUCAGUGAUGAGGAUUAUGUUUCAAUGUCAUCUGCUACAACGGUCCUAUCAAUUGACGCCAAUGCAAAAGCUGGAGAAACACCUAAGCGGAGUGCUGCAGCCAUUGCAGCUGAGGUUGCAGACAAGCUUGCUGCUUCUAGCUCCUCUCAGAUGAUCAUGCAUUCUGUUCUCUCUACAUUUGCAGCUGAAGAAGCCAAAAAUGUUGGUCUAACAAAGGCGUCCACACAGUCAAACUCCCUCAAUUCUGUCACCGAUGCAAUUUCAAAAUCAGAGAAGUCACUGCCAGUUGCAGAUUCUACUGCUCUUAUGCCAGCACAACCACUAUGUGCUCCAAUAAACCAUUCUUAUCAAUCCGUUCUUGUGCCUCAACCGGCCAUGCAAAGCCAAACCACUUCCUCUCAGCCUCAAUAUCACAUGCUUCCUAACAUAGCUGCACAACAAUUUUUGCAGUCAUCAGGGGGGACACUAACCCCAUAUGGUACAUAUGGUGGUAUGCCACCUUUGCCACCUGGACCACCACCACCGCCUCCCUACAUGGUUAGUCCAAUGUUACCAUUGCCAAUAACUCAGCAGCAGCCAAUACCAUCCGGUCAGCAAACGGCCUCUUUGACUCAGCAGCAACUGCUGCCUGUAACUCAGCAACCACCUGUACCUCCCAGUUUCCGGCCUCUUCAGCCACCGGGAAUGGUUUACUAUGGUCAUCCGCCUCAUUCGUAGUAAAUAGAAACAAUCUUUUAGAUUAGGCAGAUGAGAACUUUGAAAUUUUGGUUUGUGAGGAAUUGAAAUUGUGGAGUAAAUCAGUUGUAGCCAGAAUAAUCAUACAAAUGGUUUCAAGGAGCAACUAGUAACCAGGCAAGAAAUAGCAUUUUUAUUUAUUUAUUUUGGUUGAA